AUGUGCAAGAUCCAGCCCAUCCAUUCCAUCAUCAUCAUUUGCCUUCUCCACCUAUCCCUCGCGACACCACUGAUCAAACGUUACUCAUCCGUCAAGAUCCAAUCGUAUCGAUCCUUGAAAUGCCUCUCGCCUGUUGCACCACCUGCGGAGUGGGAGGAUGGAACAAAAGUAACGACAGUCAAUUGUACGUCCGCUGUAGAAUGGGACAUCAAUCCUGGAUCAGAUAGCAUACUCAUCAGUGGAACAAACUGGGCACUGGACGCCGGUACGGGAGAUCAGGACAAUGCGAUUAUCAAAAUUUGGCAAUCCUACCCUGGCUUAUUCCAACAAACUUGGUAUCUUACCGAUGACGAUAUGAUCGCAAUCACUGGUGGCACUCAAUGUCUGGAUGAAGGUGUAAAUGGACCGCAAACCUAUACUUGCCUCGAUGGUAAUACCAAUCAAAUCUGGAACAUAAUCGGUACCACACCUACUGUUCCCGGUGUAUCACCAUCUAUUCCUUCUGGUCCAGUCUACGUUGAUCAUCCAGUGAGCGAAGGUAGACGUAUACACCCCUAUGGUAGACUUGAUCUAUGCGUCAUGGUGGGUAACGGGGCUGCAUCAGUAAAUCAGCUUGUUGAUAUCGCCUACUGUCUGCCCAACACUUCACCAUAUGUCGACCUGCAACUUUGGAAUAUCACCCUCAAUACUCCUGCCCAUGUAUUUCUCCAAGCACAUCCUACGCUCUGUCUUGACGCCGGACAAGCUCCGGAGAAUGGGACCAGAUUGACUACAUAUGGAUGCGGAAGCCCAUACACCAGACAAAACUGGUUAUGGGAUGGUACGGCUUUAGCAUUAGACUCGAGAAAUCCAUCCAAAGCGUUGCAACUUUGCUUAGACGUCGAGCUGAAUUCACCUACGACCCCUCAACAACCCUACGAUAGAUUAGAGAGAUUGCAGAUUUGGACAUGUUUCGAGGGUAACCGCCAACAGGUGUUUUCCGUUUCCGGUCAUGAGCCUGCCGAUGAUUGUUGA